AUGCAACCAGCCAUCCUCACAAUAUAUUCUCUUCCUCAGAGCGCUGGCUUACCAGUCACUUCUGAGGGCACCCGUUACACGGAAAACAAGCACUAUGAAGCGCGACUCUUUAAAGGCCUUGUAGUAGGCCCGUGUCUCGCCAAGGGCACCCACGAGGUCCAGCACAGCUGGAACGAACAGCUCAAGGGCCUCACAGCUCGACAUAUCGCACUAUGUGUUCUGGAUUUCUUCACCCCCGAGAUUCUGUCCCGCGGCAAAAAGCAAAGCGGCCGACUCCUCCAUGAGCAACCCAAGACUGCCUGGCUUGACGGCCUGCGAGGUUGGGCGGCUCUGCUCGUCUGCGUCUUCCACCUGACUGUCUGGACGCACGACGGCAUCAAUUACUGCUACGGCGCCACUUUGCCCUCCGGCGCCCCCAACACCACGCCCGCCGCCUGGCCUAUCAUCAGGACGCUCUGGACGGGCGGGCAUUUCUCCGUCGCUCUCUUCUUUACCAUCUCUGGCUACGUGCUCCCAAAGCGCCUGCUCUCCCUCCUGCACGCGGGUCGCCAGGCCGACUUUGUCGAAGCGCUCCACUCGUCCAUCGUCCGCCGUCCCUUCAGGCUUUUUCUUCCCGUCGUCUGGAGUACGCUAGCCGUCAUGAUCGUGUCGUAUCUCACCGGCAUCCCGACGUCUGCCAUGAAGCGCGAGGACAGCAUGUUGCUUCAGCUGGCGGCAUGGGUGAGGGAGACAGGGCGAUACCUCUACUUUUUCGAUGGCGGCUAUCACGCCGUCAACCAACACACAUGGUCCCUUGUUGUAGAGAUGCGCGGCUCCAUGUCGCUGUUUGUGUGGCUUUUUGCCUUCUCGUGGAUGCAACACAAGAGGCGCCUCUUUCUGACACUGGCCAUGAUUUGGUACCUGAUCGUCGCGGUCCCAGCUGCCCAGAUGGCUACAUUUUUUGCAGGGAUGGUCACGGCGGAGCUUGACCUGAUUGCUUCAGGUGCCGUGCAGAUGCGUCUUCCCUGGGAUAGGCUGGUGCAGGGGUUAGGGAGGUAUGCCCUUGUGCGAGCGUUAAUUCUCCAUGCCGUCCUCGUUGGUGCAUUAUACCUCGGGGCCUCGCCUUCUGGGUCCCCUGUGGACUCAUCACGGGACGAGGUGCUGGGAAAAUGCCGCGGCUGGAUGACCCUUGAGUGGUUGAUUCCAGAGGCUUACCCUCACGGCGGCAACGAUCCCAGCUGGCUAUGGUUCUGGUUGUUCUGGGCUGCGUGGAUGUUUCUUCUAGCUGUCAAGGAAAUACACUGGCUGAAACGCGCUCUUGCGGGUGGCUUCUCUCAAUACCUUGGGAGGAUCUCUUUCCCCCUCUAUCUAACCCAUGGACCCAUGAUUGGGUUCUUCUCUGAGCGUCUGUUCUACCUGACGGGCGUCAAAAAAUCCAUGGAUGAGGGAGCUGUAUCCUUGUUCGGCUCUAUCGCGAAUAAAUGGUACGAUGCAAGCUGGUUCCCGUUCACUGACCAGGGGCCGUAUGGGCUGGAACCAAAUUAUUUGUUCUGCCUCGCGUUGAGCAUUGUGGUGUUUCUCGUUCUAUCUCCAUUACUAUGCACCCUGAAGAUGCACAGCUUGUUGACGUAG